AUGUCGACACCACAACAUAAGGCCGAUUCAUCAUUAAACAAUCUUCCAGAAAAUAAUAAUAAUCUAUCAGGAACUACAGGUGGUUCAACAAGUCUUACUGGUACCGGUAAAACUUCAGAUGUAUCGACUUCAUUAGGAACUGAAAACAGUGAUGGAAAAGUCCAAGCUCCAAUCGAUAAGCAUGGUGACACAUGGGUGGGUGGAGUUCCUCAUGUAAAUAAAGAGUUCAAAUAA